AGGUCAAGGACAUGGGGCUUCACUCUAGGUAACUCAGCUGACGUCUUCAUUAUAAAACCACACAUUUUCCUCUGACUCUGAACAAUGACCUGCAUAUAUAAGCUGUUAGUCAUAAGGGCUGGAUGGGGCAGCAUCUCAAUCAUAUAGGGCACAGGACAAACCUCAGUAUCACCAGCAAGAAUCCAUUACAGUUCAACAUGUGAGGAGACUGAGGCCAAAGAAGAAGGAAAAAGGAGAUGUUCAGGAUCACGCAAUGAUUUGUGGCAAAACCCCAGCUAUUAAUAUAACAUCUAUACAACUUCUAGGCCAGUGCUUUUUCCACUUGAAAGGCCUUGUUCUCUGAGUUUUGUUUUUUGUUUUUUUUCUGAGACUGAGUCUCCCUCUGUCGCCCAGGCUGGAGAGCAGUGACACGAUCUUGGCUCACUACAACCUCCGCCUCCCAGCCUCGGGCGCAGGGGAGGCUUGGCGGACCUGCUGAUUGGGAACCGAUAUGGCGGCGACUCUGGGCAGCGGGGAGCGCUGGACGGAAGCUUACAUUGAUGCAGUUAGAAGAAACAAAUACCCAGAAGACACACCUCCUGAGAGUCAUGACCCCUGUGGCUGCUGUAACUGCAUGAAGGCACAAAAGGAAAAGAAGUCUGAGAAUGAGUGGACUCAGACCCGGCAGAGUGAGGGGAACUCCACGUAUAGUGAGGAACAGCUGCUUGGGGUACAAAGGAUCAAGAAAUGCAGAAAUUACUAUGAAAUUCUGGGAGUUUCUCGAGAUGCCAGUGACGAAGAGCUUAAGAAAGCUUACAGAAAACUCGCCCUGAAAUUUCACCCUGACAAGAACUGUGCUCCUGGAGCAACAGAUGCUUUCAAAGCAAUAGGAAAUGCAUUUGCAGUCCUGAGUAAUCCUGAUAAGAGACUUCGCUAUGAUGAAUACGGAGAUGAACAGGUGACUUUCACUGCCCCUCGAGCCAGACCUUAUAAUUAUUACAGGGAUUUUGAAGCUGACAUCACUCCAGAAGAGCUGUUCAACGUCUUCUUUGGAGGACAUUUUCCUACAGGAAAUAUUCAUAUGUUUUCAAAUGUGACAGAUGACACUCACUAUUACCGUCGACGGCACCGACAUGAGAGGACACAGACUCAGAAGGAGGAGGAAGAAGAGAAACCUCAGACUACGUAUUCUGCAUUUAUUCAGCUACUUCCAGUUCUUGUGAUUGUGAUUAUAUCUGUCAUUACUCAGCUGCUGGCUACUAAUCCCCCAUAUAGUCUGUUCUAUAAAUCGACCUUGGGCUACACCAUUUCUAGAGAAACUCAGAACCUGCAGGUGCCUUACUUUGUGGAUAAAAACUUUGACAAGGCCUACAGAGGAGCUUCUCUGCAUGACCUGGAGAAAACAAUAGAGAAGGAUUACAUUGAUUAUAUCCAGAGUAGUUGUUGGAAGGAGAAACAACAAAAGUCAGAGCUGACAAAUUUGGCAGGAUUAUACAGAGAUGAACGAUUGAAACAGAAAGCAGAGUCGCUGAAACUUGAAAACUGUGAGAAACUUUCCAAACUCAUUGGCCUACGCAGAGGUGGCUGAGAGGAUAAUGGUCCUACGCAGGGCUGGGGUUUUGCUACUUGUUCCUAUUUAUGUUCCUGAUUCCAUUUUAUAAUACAAAAUUAGGUAAUGAUAAACACUUUA